CUAUAAUUUAAAUGAUCUUAAUUUUCAAUAAAUGAGAAGUGGAAUUUCAAAUUUGGGUGGUGCAAUCAAAUAUCCUAUGAAUACAGCGACAGCCACCGCAGCAACACCAAGUUGGUGGUGCUGCUGCACUCAUAACCACCAUCUCCAUCCACAUCCUCCACCUCCUCAUUUCUUUCCACGCCAUAAACAGCCACAGUUCAGAGGUUUAGGGUUGUUGAACAGAAAGGGAAUUGUUGAAUCUAGCUGGGGAAGCAGUGCUGUGUCUCGAAGCAAUGAAUUGAAUGUAUCCUCAUGGGAUGAUAAACCCUUUGAAAUUCUUCCGAAUGGUAAAAGGUCUUACUUGGAUGAACAAGAUGUGGUUGCGUUUAUUGAUCCUCCUGAUAAUUUGAUUCCUUUGGACCCAGAUUCUUAUAAUCCUGCUGCAUAUCUAUGGAAAAAAAUUGAAGAUAUUCCGGAGGAAAGGCGUCAUCGACUACUGCCACUAAUAGAACCUAGACUUAUAUCAAAAGCUUGGCAGAUAGCUGGUACACGAUAUGAGGAUCCCAAGUUAGUACGAAAAAGCGAAUCUACAUUAUUGAUCAACUCAAACAAAGAUGAUGUGAUGCUUGAAUAUUAUAAAUGCCGAACAAGUGGAGGACCAUUGCCCAUUUCCUGGAUUAAUUCCUUCAAAAAGGUUAUAUUUUCUUGCAAAGAUGGGAAAACGUAUGGACGGCUCAUUGGGGGAUCAGUUUUGACUUCAUUUGCUGAUUCUUUCGCUCCUCUGUAUUUUACAAUGACUCGAAUUAAGGAAGUGUUGUCAACUGAAGAGCCUUGUGAUUUAUCAUAUGAAUUUGGGGAUGGAUUGUAUGAUAUCAAAGAACUUCCAACAGGAUUUCCUAAACCAGUUAAACAUCCUUAUCCUUUCAACGAUCAAAUUGUUAUAUACGUUCGCUGUCUUGGACCGGGUGUUUCCGUAGGGCAAGCAUGGCAAGAGGGAAACAAGUUAGACCAAAUACCACAAAAAUUAUGUGGCGAGAUUUUAAUGGUGAAAGAUUACACAUCAUUACAAAAAAGCCAGUGAAGAAACUUUUCCCUUAAAAAGUUUUGCACAUACCAACCAAUGCGUCUGUUAAUCGUUGCCGUGAGUUUUCUGUUUCGCUUCAGGUUCAGGCCAACUUGGUAUCGAGCUAGUUGAGCGAAUAGCGCAAUCGAAUGUAAUGUUACAUGUUAAGCUGUAAGAUAAGGUAAUUUGCAUCACAAUCAUUUAUUAAUGUAGCAUGUUCCACAGUUGAUUAAAGCCAAUAGCUGAAAUUAACUGGUAUAAGAUUAUGACAAAUCUGAGUUGAUAGAUUGUAUAAACAAAAAACCUCAUGAGACAAAUGUGAUGCACAUGAGUAUGUAGUCUGGAAAACAGACAUACAGUAUAUAAGGUGAGAUGUCAAUUUUCCAA